CAGCAUUAUUGUGACAUGCUUCAGAUAUCACCCAACUCACUCAGGAGACUUUUGGACUGAUGCAGCCCCUGCUAAUGAAAAGAAGCAAUACUUAGCAGCACUCAGCACUCAGCACUUUCAGUAUGAUUCGAAUUGCAGCCUUGAAUGCCAGCUCCACAGUUGAGGAUGAUCAUGAAGGAAGCUUUAAAAGUCACAAAACUCAGACGAAGGAGGCCCAGGAAGCAGAGGCUUUUGCCUUAUAUCACAAGGCCCUGGAUCUGCAGAAACACGACCGGUUUGAGGAGUCUGCCAAAGCCUACCAUGAGCUCUUGGAGGCACGUCUGCUGCGAGAGGCAGUUUCAUCCGGUGAUGAGAAAGAGGGGUUGAAGCACCCGGGGCUGAUGUUGAAAUAUUCCACGUAUAAGAAUCUGGCACAGCUGGCAGCACAACGAGAGGACCUGGAGACAGCCAUGGCAUUCUACCUGGAGGCUGUCAUGCUGGACUCUACCGAUGUCAACCUCUGGUAUAAAAUUGGCCACGUGGCCCUGAGACUCAUCCGGGUGCCCCUGGCUCGCCAUGCGUUUGAGGAAGGGCUGCGGUGCAAUCCUGACCACUGGCCCUGCUUGGACAACCUCAUCACUGUCCUGUACACCCUCAGCGAUUACACAACCUGUCUGUAUUUUAUCUGCAAAGCUCUGGAGAAGGAUUGUCGGUAUAGCAAAGGGCUGGUUCUGAAGGAGAAGAUCUUUGAGGAGCAGCCAUGCCUCCGGAAGGACUCUCUCCGGAUGUUCCUCAAGUGUGACAUGUCCAUCCACGAUGUGUCGGUGAGUGCAGCCGAGACUCAAGCCAUCGUGGACGAGGCGCUGGGACUUCGCAGGAAGAGGCAGGCGCUGACCGUCCGGGAGAAGGAGCUAGACCUGAAGCUGGUGCAACCCAUCCCCUUUUUCACCUGGAAGUGCCUUGGAGAAAGUCUCUUGGCCAUGUACAACCACCUCACCACAUGCGAGCCCCCGAGACCCAGCCUUGGCAGGAGGAUUGACCUAUCCGACUAUCAGGACCCCAGCCAGCCAUUGGUAUCCUCUGUGGGAGUGAUGCCUGUCAGCGUGAUCCAGCCAAGUCCUGUCAAUGCCAACCCAACCGUGACCUUGGUGGAGCCCGUGCUGUCCUUUGCCCCUGUGGCCACAGCCAGUUUCCCGUUGCACAGUGCCGGGCUGCUGGAGACUAGCAUUCCCUCUGGUGAUGUUUCCGGGGGAGAUAAAUCCAAGAAAGGAGUGAAGCGGAAGAAGAUUCCAGAAGAGAGUGGAGAAACAGCAAAGAGACGGUCUGCCCGGGUCCGAAACACUAAGUCCAAGAAAGAGGAGAAGGUGGAUUUUCAGGAGCUCCUGAUGAAGUUCUUGCCAUCCAGGUUAAGGAAGUUGGACCCCGAGGAGGAGGAGGACCCCUUUAACAACUAUGAGGUCCAAUCAGAAGCCAAACUGGAGAGCUUCCCAAGCAUUGGCUUGCACAGACUGUCUUUCGACUCAACCACGUUCAUGGAAUCUGAGAAGCAGGACGUGCACGCGUUUCUGCUGGAGAAUCUGACAAAUGGGGGCAUCCUGGAGCUGAUGAUGCGCUAUCUGAAGAGCAUGGGUCAUAAGUUCCUGCUGAGGUGGCCCCCAGGCCUGGCGGAGGUCGUGCUCAGCAUCUACCACAGUUGGAGGCAGCACAGCACCAGCCUGCCCAACCCGCUGCUGAGGGACUGCAGCAACAAGCACAUCAAGGAUAUGAUGUUGAUGUCUCUUUCCUGCAUGGAGCUCCAGCUGGACCAGUGGCUGUUGACCAAGGCCAGAAGCUCUGCAGUGUCUCCUCGGAACUGCCCUGCAGGUGUGGUGAAUGGCAGGUUUGGCCCUGAUUUCCCGGGAACCCACUUCCUGGGUGACCUUCUGCAGCUGUCAUUUGCCUCUUCCCAGCGGGACCUGUUUGAGGAUGGCUGGCUGGAGUUUGUAGUCCGUGUUUAUUGGUUGAAGGCUCGUUUCCUGGCGCUGCAGGGAGACAUGGAGCAGGCCCUCGAGAACUAUGACAUCUGCACGGAAAUGCUCCAUAGCUCCACAGCCAUCCAGGCAGAGGCUGGGGCAGAGCCAAGAGACAUUGUCAUCCGCCUGCCCAACCUUCACAAUGACUCUGUUGUUUCUCUGGAGGAGAUAGAUAAGAACUUGAAGUCCCUGGAGCGGUGCCAGUCCCUGGAGGAGAUUCAGCGGCUCUAUGAGGCUGGGGACUACAAGGCUGUAGUGCACCUGCUCCGUCCCACCUUGUGCACCAGCGGGUUUGACCGGGCCAAGCACCUGGAGUUCAUGACAUCCAUCCCCGAACGACCGGCUCAGCUGCUGCUGCUGCAGGAUUCCUUGCUCCGCCUCAAGGACUACCGGCAGUGUUUUGAAUGCUCCGAUGUGGCUCUGAAUGAGGCAGUGCAGCAGAUGGUGAAUGCCAGUGAGGCUGCAGCCAAGGAGGAGUGGGUCACCACUGUGACGCAGCUGCUGCUGGGCAUCGAGCAGGCCCUCGCAGCCGACAGCGGCGGCAGCAUCCUGAAGGAGUCAUCCUCGGCCAUAGGCCUGGUCCGGCUCACCAACAACCUCAUCCAGGUCAUCGACUGCAGCAUGGCUGUUCAGGAAGAGCCCAAGGAGCCCCAUGUCUCCUCCGUGCUGCCCUGGAUCAUCCUGCACCGGAUCAUCUGGCAGGAAGAGGACACCUUCCGCUCCCUGUGCCACCAGCAACAGCUACAGAACUCAGUGGAUGAAGUGAUGUCGGAGACACCCAUGCUCCCGUCCUCCCUUAUGCUGCUCAACACUGCCCAUGAGUACCUGGGCAGGAGGUCAUGGUGCUGCAAUUCAGAUGGGGCCCUGCUGCGGUUCUACGUGAGGGUUCUCCAGAAGGAGCUGGCUGUGUCCACCUCUGAGGACACCCACCCCUAUAAGGAAGAACUGGAGACAGCCUUGGAGCAGUGCUUCUACUGUCUGUACAGCUUCCCCAGCAAGAAGAGCAAGGCUCGCUACCUGGAGGAGCAUUCAGCCCAGCAGGUGGACCUUAUAUGGGAGGAUGCCCUGUUCAUGUUUGAUUAUUUUAAACCCAAGACCCUCCCUGAAUUUGACAGUUACAAGACCAGUACCGUGUCCGCCGACUUGGCCAACCUCCUGAAGAGGAUUGCCACCAUUGUGCCCCGCACAGAGAGGCCAGCCCUGAGCCUCGACAAAGUCUCUGCCUACAUCGAGGGGACCUUGGCUGAGGUGCCCUGUCUUCCGGAAGGGGCCGAUACCUCCCCUCCAGUUGUAAAUGAGCUCUACUACCUACUGGCUGAUUACCACUUCAAAAACAAGGAGCAGUCCAAGGCCAUCAAGUUCUACAUGCAUGACAUCUGCAUCUGCCCCAAUCGGUUUGAUUCCUGGGCAGGCAUGGCCCUGGCCCGGGCCAGCCGAAUUCAGGACAAGCUGAACUCCAACGAGCUCAAGAGUGAUGGGCCCAUCUGGAAACAUGCCACGCCUGUCCUCAACUGCUUCCGAAGGGCCCUGGAGAUCGACAGCUCCAACCUGUCCCUGUGGAUCGAGUAUGGAACCAUGUCCUAUGCUCUACAUUCAUUUGCCUCACGCCAGCUGAAGCAGUGGAGAACCGAGCUGCCCCCUGAGGUGGUGCAGCAGAUGGAAGGCCGGCGUGAUAGCAUGCUCGAGACCGCCAGGCACUGUUUCACCUCGGCAGCCCACUGUGAAGGGGACGGGGACGAGGAAGAGUGGCUCAUCCACUACAUGCUGGGCAAGGUGGCCGAGAAGCAGCAACAGCCGCCGGCCGUCUACCUACGGCACUACAGGCAGGCCAGCCACUACCUACACGAGGAGGCCGCCCGCUACCCCAAGAAGAUCCACUACCACAAUCCACCCGAGCUGGCCAUGGAGGCCCUGGAGGUAUACUUCCGGCUCCACGCUUCCAUCCUGAAGCUCCUGGGGAAGCCAGAUUCUGGAGUCAGCGCAGAGGUCCUAGUCAACUUCAUGAAGGAGGCUGCAGAGGGACCCUUUGCCAGGGGCGAGGAGAAGAACACGCCCAAAGCUUCAGAAAAGGAGAAGGUCUGCCUGGUGGAUGAGGACUCCCACUCUUCAGCUGGGACACUGCCGGGCCCCGGAGCCUCCCUCCCCUCCUCUGGCCCAGGUCUGACAUCCCCACCUUACACAGCCACUCCGAUUGACCACGAUUACGUCAAAUGUAAAAAACCCCAGCAGCAGGCGACGCCGGACGAACGCAGCCAAGACAGCACAGCUGUGGCACUCUCCGACUCCAGCUCUACACAGGACUUCUUCAAUGAGCCAGCCAGCGCCCUGGAGGGCCUUCGGAAGCCCUAUGCAGAAAAGAAGCUCCCAGUAGCCAAUUCCCAAGCAGGACCUACUGGUAAAGACCUUCAGGGGACCACUGAGGAUAGAGGGAAAAAUGAUGAGUCCUUAGAGAGUCCAGAAGGUUUCCGGGGCACAGAACAAGGCAGCCAGAAGCCUGCUGCAGAUGCCCUGGCUUCUGCCUGCAUCCCUCUCAGGCUGCCAGUGACUGCACCUGUCCAGUGGGAUGGAAAGAAGAGAGGGGACCCCCCAGGGGAACCCGCAGUGUUCCCUCAGGGGCUGCCAACAGGCGCGGAGGAGCAGCGACAGUUCCUCACCGAGCAGUGCAUCGCCUCCUUCCGCCUGUGCCUCAGUCGCUUUCCCCAGCACUACAAGAGCCUCUACCGGCUGGCCUUCCUCUACACCUACAGCAAGACCCAUCGGAACCUCCAGUGGGCCCGAGACGUGUUGCUAGGCAGCGGUAUCCCGUGGCAACAGCUGCGGCACAUGCCGGCACAGGGGCUCUUCUGCGAGAGAAACAAGACCAAUUUCUUCAACGGCAUCUGGCGGAUCCCUGUGGACGAGAUUGACCGGCCGGGCAGCUUCGCCUGGCACAUGAACCGCUCCAUCGUGCUGCUGCUCAAGGUGCUGGCCCAGCUCCGGGACCACAGCACCCUGCUGAAGGUGUCCUCCAUGCUGCAGCGGACCCCGGACCAGGGCAAGAAGUAUUUGCGAGAUGCUGACCGCCAGGUACUGGCACAGCGGGCCUUCAUCCUCACUGUGAAGGUGCUGGAGGACACGCUGAGUGAGCUCUCUGAGGGAUCUGAGCGCCCGGGAACCAAGGCCUGUGGCAGCCCCGGAGCCAGGAUGACCACUGAUGUCUCCCACAAGGCCAGUCCCGAGGAGGGCCAGGAAGGCCUCCCCCAUCCCAAGAAACCCCCUCUGGCUGAUGGUUUGGGGCCAGGGCCAGAGCCGGGGGGUAAAGCGGCCCCCCUCAACCACCGGCCUGCGACCACUGAUGCCGGGGACAGCACAGACCAGGGCGGAGAACGAAAGGACAAGGAGGGUCUCCGGACAGGGCCCACAGAGCCCAUGGACACAGGUGAGACUGCACGGCGUUUGGACACUGAGCGGGCGCCACCCCUGGUACCGGGCCGCACCCCACGGGACCGGGGCCCCGAAAACCGGCCCACCGAGCUGUCCUUGGAGGAGCUGAGCAUCAGUGCCCGGCAGCAACCCUGCGCCCUAGGCCCGGCCCAGCCCACCCCUGCUACCACUGCCAAGGGGGGUGGCACCCUCGAUGAGGUGCCCCCACGGCCCAGCCGCAAGAGGAAACUCCUGGAGGACACAGAGUCGGGCAAGACGCUGCUGCUAGACGCCUAUCGCGUGUGGCAGCAGGGACAAAAGGGCGCAGCCUGUGACCUCGGCCGCAUCGAGAGGAUCAUGUCUGAGACAUACAUGCUCAUCAAACAGGUAGAUGAGGAAGCAGCCCUUGAGCAAGCCGUGAAGUUCUGUCAGGUCCACCUAGGAGCCGCUGCACAGAGACAGUCCACAGGGGACACACCCACCACCCCGAAGCACCCCAAGGACAGCAGAGAGAACUUCUUCCCUGCAGCGGCUCCCAUGACCCCCACCAUUACCCCCACAGACGUCGUCCAGCGGCCCAGCGACCUCCACGUUCACACCAAGUCUUGCCCUGCACCAGCCUCCACCACCUCAGCCGCCAUCCCCUGUCCCCCCUCUAUGUCCACCUCAACACCAGCCCUAUCCAGGGAAGCUGGUCCCCCCCGGCCACUCAGGCCUGAGACCUCCCCCAACAUGCCUUGUCUGGGUACAGGGGAGGAGCAGGCCGGAGGGGCAGAGGCCACCUGCCCGCCCCCAGAGCUGAGCCGAGAGCAGGUGAAGAUGGCCCCCGAGGGCACCCCAGCAGAGCUGCGGUGCUGGGCAUUGGAGGCCGACGCUGAGCCCACCUGUAGCCAGGUCACCAGCUCCAAGCCUCCCGGCAGCACAAGCACCCAGCACCCCGAGGGCCAUCCCAGCAAAGCAGAGCCCAGCCGGGCCAAGUCGCGUCUCCUGCCCAGCAUGCCCAAGCUGGUCAUCCCCUCGGCAGCCACCAAAUUCCCACCCGAGAUCACUGUCACGCCACCCACCCCCACCCUGCUCUCGCCCAAAGGCAGCAUCUCGGAGGAGACCAAGCAGAAGCUGAAGUCGGCCAUCCUGUCUGCCCAGUCAGCUGCCAAUGUGCGGAAGGAGAGCCUGUGUCAGCCGGCCCUGGAGGUCCUGGAGACGUCGAGCCAGGAGUCCUCGCUCGAGAGUGAGACGGACGAGGACGACGACUACAUGGACAUCUGAGGGGCACUGCCCACUGGCCUCGGGGACUUCCUCCACCUCAUCCACUGGCCUGGGCAGUGCCCAGAGCAUGGACGCAGUGAGCCAAGCUCAUGGCAGGGCAGGCGGUUCAGAUCCCGACCGCUGGGCCCUUUCUGCGAGAUCUGAUCUGUGCUGUGGCCGCCCCAGCCCAGGCGGCUACCACCACAUCUGUACCCCACACCAGCUGGGCACUGCCCGGUCUCUGGGGGGCACCCAGGGCUGGGCUCCUCACUCCCUUUUUUGGUUUCUUUUCUAAUAAAGAUGCAACAGUUGUCUCUGU